GUUCACAUAUCCUCAACGUUUCAUCUACAUAAGGAAAAGGGUCCAAAAAAAUUCCACCGCCAUAGCUAUAGCCACCAUGAAACUCAGAAUCAGAUGCUUCGAAACCAAGGAAACCCUCAAAAUCGAGGUACCAUCUUCUUCCUGUACACUUCAAGAACUCAAAAAUCGCAUUUCUCAAGCAUUGCCAUCAUCGUCAACAAAUUCCAUUCAUCUUUCCCUUAAUAGAAAGGACGAACUUCAAACCUCUGAAGAAGAAGAUACGCUUCAAUCUAUCGGUAUUACCUCAGGUGAUCUUAUCUUUUUCACACACAAUCCAAUUGGGUUUUCAAUUUCAACUGAAACCCAUAUUCCCAAAUUGAGAAAAAUGGAUACCGAAAUUGUCCACGAAUCUGAAACUGUGGAUAAAAUGGACACCCAAAUUGUCCAAGAAUCUGAAACAGUGAAAAAAAUGGACACCCAAAUUGAUCAAUCGGAACCCCACGAGACGAAACCCCUAAAUUCGAUGGAAGAUUUUAUGGAGGUAGAUAAUAAUGGAGAUUACAGUGAUGUGAAUUUUACGAAAUCGUUUUCUGUACCUGGGUUUUUAAGGAAAGUGUUCAUAGAGGAGCUAAACGAUGACGACGGUGGCCGUGAUCAUAAGUUGUUGGUGAUUGCUGUUCAUGCUGUUUUUGUAGAAUCCAGGUUUGUUCUUCUUGACCCUUUUACGUUUACUGAGAUUAGUGUGUCUCAUUUUUUGAAAUAUUGGCCUUCGAGGGCAUCACGAGUUACAUUGUUUUACACCUUACCUGAGGUUAUUGAUCAUGUAAAAGGAGGUAAUUGUAACGUGAUUCACACUGUUGAGUUAAAGUUUCAGUCUUUAGGGAAGUUCUUUAUUGCUCAUGGGUCAUUAUCUGGUGGGGGUUCGGUUUCCACGAGUAGAGUGGCGUUAAAUGAAGAUCAAUUGGUUCCUUUUUUGAAUGUUGUGUGGGCUAAUUGUGGAUUAGAUGAAGAGGUAGAUGGGGAUUUUGGAGAGAAGGAAGUGUUUGUGUUUUGGAGGAAUGUAAAGGAUGGGCUUGUAUUGCCAUUGUUGAUUGAUUUGUGUGAAAAGUCUGGUUUAGUGCUUCCACCGUGCUUUAUGCGACUUCCGACUGACCUUAAGUUGAAGAUUUUGGAAUCCCUUCCGGGAGUUGAGAUAGCGAAAGUGAGUUGUUUGAGCUCCGAAUUGCGAUAUUUGGGUUCGAGUGAUGAUUUGUGGAAGAAGAAAUAUGUGGAGCAGUUUGGUGAUGGUGAGAUAUCGGGAGAAGGGGGACAUUGGAAAGAGAAGUUUGUUAAGUCUUGGGAGAGUAGGAAGAGAAGGAAAGUAAUUAAUAGAAGAAGAGUGGUUGAUCCGUUGAGAUUUUUAGAGGAUUCUCAUCCAUUUCCGGUACCUUGGAUGCCACAUGUAAUUGGUGGAGAUUAUGAUCUUUUUCCUCCACAAUUUGCUAAUACUGGAAAUCCGUUAGGGCGGGCACCACCUUCUCGAUUGCUCCAUCCAUGGUCCAACCAUGUACGUCGUUGUCAUCUUGCAGGACAUAGGAGCAACUUCACUUGAAGUCUUUAGCAGUAAGCUUUGUAGUUUAUGUCUAUAUAGGUUUCAGUUGCAAGUUUUUGUUAAUCUGGUACUUUUGGACGUGACCUUUUUGUGUUUUAUUAGGAAAUUUCAAAACUUUAUCUUAGGCAGUUGUGUUUCCUUUUUCUGUUUAUGCAAAAACAGCGAAUGUAAUCUGCUGGCUAGCUCAUGUAUUGAAUUUCAUUUUCGUUGAAAUGAAUCCAGCAAAUUAUGAUUUGCUAUGA